AUGUUAUUUGUAAACGUAGACGCAGCGUUACGAACUGAUCAAAAUUUUAUUGAUGGUAUUGAUGAAGAUCAUCAUGUCGGCCAAUCACCAUUCGAAGAAGCAGGUAUAGACAUGGUUUCACAGUUCCCGAUUGACUACAUGCGCAACUGCUGUCUUGGAGUGAUUUUGACAACAUUUGUAAAAGUUUCCCACGCACAUAAAUGGUCAGCAAAACAAAUUGCCGAAAUUUCUGGGCAGCUAGUUAAAAUUGCAAAAUGGAUUCCACAAGAAUUUGCAAGAAAACCACGCAAAUUGCAAUAUGUAGAUCGAUUUAAGGCCACAGAGUUUCGUCAAUUUCUAUUAAACAAUGUUCUUCUUCGAGUGAAAAAUAUUAGUGUGAGUGAUGGUAAAAUAAGCUUAACAGGAGAAUCAUUAUUAGAUCCUGUAAGCUUUCCUAAUUAUCCUGUUAGUUCACUUGACUUUCAGAUAUACGUCGGAAAUACGUGGUGGUCUCAAACAAUGCUUUUUAGUGCUGAAGAAGUAAAAAUGAAAGCAGUUUGCAUCCCCUAUAAAGAAACUUUCUGUUUUCUACCCUUAAUCCAUUCAGAUAUCGAAUCAUAG